AUGAACGAUCCUUACCCAAGUAGAGCUGUAAGAGAGGCGCUCUCCGUUGAAGUCAACAUGCCGAUGAACAAGAUCAACAACUGGAUGUCUAGCCGAAGACAAAAAUACAAGCGAGAGAACAUUCCUCUCCCUGGUCAAGAAAUCGUCACCCCGGGGACCCCUGGGCGUCCAAAGAAAGUCGAAACUUCCAUCUCUUCUCCAUCUCCAUCUUCGUCCAUUCAACUUGCCGUUGCUACUCUUCCCCGACCAGUCGAGCGCCUACCUCCCAUCUCCACCCCUCGACCCAAGGGGGAAGUCGACAGCAAGACAGAAAAGCGAUCUUUCUACAGGAAAACACUCGAGGGUCUGAAUCGGUCAAGAAACAAGCGUUCGGAAGGAAUCAUGGAACUCCAAGAAAAAAUCCUGGCGCUUCAGCAGAAACUCGAAGAGCAGAUGGGAAUCUACAAGUCGGAGACGGAGAUGAUCGACAACCUCAAGACCAAUGCCACCGUCGAUGACAUUCAGCUCUCAGGAGACGAGGACAAUCAAUCAGAUGAGGAAGACGUCGUGGUCACUUUGCUCAACCUCAAAGGCGAACCUGCUGACGACGAUGAAAACUAG